AUGCCGAAGCACCGAGGCAUGAAGCCACCGAUGUCGGUGGUGCUGGACCUGUGCAGUUCCAACCCUUGCCAGCAGGAGUCGCUGUGCCAGAGCACCGAGGGUGGCUUUCUGUGUGCCUGUCCCGAGGGCUACGAAGGCAAGGACUGCAUGAGCCUGAAGGACCCCUGCCAUGGAGCGCACUGCCAAGGCUCCAGGGGCACCCUGUAUCUGAUCAUCAUCCUGCUGUCAGUGCUAGCAGUCCUGGUCAUCUCUCUCUGCGUCUUUCUGAUCGUCCGUCAUCGCCGGAGAAAGGACUGUCAGCGCAGCCCGCCCGACGAGAGCAUCAACAACCAGCGCGAGUACAUCAACCUGAUCAGGAACCUGCCCAAACCCGAGGAGAUCGAGCUAGCCCUGCCACCACCCACCUCCGCACCCCUCCCCGAGAAGAAGCUCCUGAUGCAGUGCCCCGAGGUGCCCAAAGUGGAUAUCUCCAACCUGGAGCGUGAGAAACUCAACCACUUCCACUGCCCGGACUGGGAGGAGCUGGAGGUGUGAGCACCUUUGCCAGGCAGGCAGGCAGGCAGGCAGGCAGGCAGGCAGGCAGGCAGGCAGACAGGGUAGCUGGGACCGCAGACACCAGUCAUGCUGCUGGCACACACCCAUUCAGAAAGAGUUUCUGACAGAGGAAUCUGCCAUUGACAGACCCAGGAUGUACGUUUCACAACUGAUGGGAGAUGUAGCUGGUUCCUAAUUAGUAAUUGCAGGUAGAUAGCAAGGGUUAUGCAUAGUUAGGGCUUUAACUGUUUUGUAUUUUUUUUGUGAUCAAGCUAUGCUGCUUCUGCACGUGGACCUGUGGUUGGAUGGUGCUUUACUGGUCAAGAAACUGACGUCCGUGCAGGAUUGAAACAGGCAGGCAUGCUUUACUGCUAGCUUGACCCCGCGUGUUUGAAAGCCGACCCUCUGCUUUGUGAAGUAGGUGUGAAGCCAUUAAGCACUGCUAGAGGCCCUGCUUGUUGAAUUUCAGAGCGUUUUUUUUAUAUUUACUUUUAAAACCUGUAUUUUGAAAAAUUCAACCGAGAAAUAUUACCUACCAGUGGGGCACAUAUAUUGGUAAGGUUCGUUUUUAAAGAUUUGCUUAUCAGGAUAAUAUGUUUUGUAGUGUUCUCUCAUAAAAGGCAAACAGAGCCUGUGUCUCUAUUUUCACCCGACCCUACAGAAGUGCACUUUGAUGGGCAUCUUGUAGAGGUGUCCAGGGGAGCGCAUUUGCUUAUUAAACAUAUACGUAAAACUAAUUGUGAGGCUAAAACCAGUUAUUGUGAACAAUAUUUACUGCACUGCUGUCAUUUUUUCAGUGAGGGAAGAGGUGUGCAGGUAUAAGAACACAGGGGGAUGAGCUUGGAUUAAGGGAGCGCUAGUCCUGUAAAGAAACAUUCAGAAGGGGCAGAGUGGGUAAAGUGACAGUGUGAUUUUGGGAGUACAGCUUUGCUCCUCAGUGGAUCUGUCCAGCAGAAAUAUCUUGUGGCCUCUAUUGACUUCCAUGAUCUUGGCUAUGGAAUGGCGCAGCCUGUUCUAAUAAACCCAGUCCACACAGAGCUGUAUACAUUACCUAUAGAAAGUCUACACCCCCUUGAACUUUUUUUACAUUUUGUUGUGUCAGUGCCUCAGAGUUUCAUGCAUUUAAUGAGGAUUUUUUUCCACAUAUCUACACACCAUUCUCCACACUGUUAAGGGGAAAAACGUUUUUAUUGAGAAAAAAAUUAGAUAUUAAAAGUACAAAACUGAAAGAUCAUAAUUGGAUAAGUCUCCCCCGCCCUGAGUUAAUACUUGGUGGAAGCACCUUUGGCAGCAAUUACAGCUGUGAGUCUGUUGGGAUAGGUCUCUACCAACUUUGCACACCUCGAUUUGGCAAUAUUUGACCAUUCUUCUUUACAAAACUGUUCAAGCUCUGUCAUUUUCUUGGGGAGCGCUGAUGGACAGCAAUCUUCAAGUCAUGCCACAAAUUUUCGAUUUAGGUCGGGGCUCUGACUGGGCCACUCAAGGACAUUUACCUUUUUGUUCCUUAGCCACUCCAGUGUAGAUUUGGCUGUGUGCUUUGGGUCAUUGUCAUGCUGAAAGGUAAACUUCAGUCCCAGUUUCAGCUUUCUUGCAGAGGGCAGCAGGUUUUCCUCAAGGAAGUUUCUGUACUUUGCUCCAUUCAUUUUCCCUUCUAUCCUGAUAAGUGCCCCAGUCCCUGCCGAUGAGAAAUAUCCCCAUAACAUGAUGCUGCCACCACCAUGCUUCACAGUAGGGAUGGUGUUCUGUGGGUGAUGCGCUGUGUUGGGUUUGUGCCAAACAUAACGCUUUGCAUUUAGGCCAAAAAGUUCCAUUUUAGUUUCGUCAGACCAAAAACCUUUUUGCCACAUGGCUACAGAAUCUUCUGAGUGUUUUUUUGCAUACUUCAAACGGGAUUCAAGGUGGGCUUUCUUGAGUAAUGGCUUCCUUCUUGCCACCCUACCAUAAAGGCCAGAUUUGUGGAGUGCUUGAGAUAUUGUUGUCACAUGAACACUUUGACCAGUCUUGGCCAUAAAAAGCAUGUAGCUCUUGCAAAGUUGCCAUUAGCCUCCUGGUAGCCUCUCUGAUCAGUCUCCUCCUUGCUCGGUCAUCCAGUUUGGAGGGACGGCCUGAUCUAGGCAGGGUCUUGGUGGUGCCAUACACCUUCCGCCUCUUAAUAAUCGUCUUGAACGUGCUCCAAGGGAUAUUCAAGGCCUUUGAUAUUUUUUUAUACCCAUCCCCUAAUCUGUGCCCUUCAACAACUUUGUCCCGGAGUUCUUUUGAAAGCGCCUUGGUGCUCAUGGUUGGGUCUUUGCUUUGAAAUGCACUACCCAGCAGAGGGAACCUACAGGAACUGCUGAAUUUAUCCUGAAAUCAUGUGAAUCACUACAAUUUAACACCGGUGGAGGCCACUUAACUUGGUGUGUGAUUUUGAGGGCGAUUGGUUACACCUGAGCUAAUUUAGGAUUGCUAAUACAAGGGGGGUGGACACUUAUCAAAACAAGCUAUUUCAGUUUUUAUUUUUAAUUUAUUUUCUACAAAUUUCUAGAAUAUUUUUUUCACUUGGAAGUUGUGGGGUAGGAUGUGUAGAUAAAUGAAAAAAAAACAAACGAUUUUAAUUCAUUUUAAUUCCAGGCUAUAAGGCAACAAAAGGUGAACAUUUUGAAAGGGGUGUAGACUUUCUAUAGGCACUGUACAUAUGUUUGCAUUCAGUAUGAACCUUGUAAUACAACCGUGAGGGGAAGAUAAAUGAACGAGACAAUAACGUGACUCUCCGUGAGCUAAACAGGGUUAUCCAUUACAUACUAAUAUGAGCCAAGGGGCUACAGGGCAGGGAGCAAUCACAACCCAUUUCUUCAAACACAUCAAACCACUAUACUGUGGAGCCUGCUCAGCAGGGUUUGUGAAGAUCAUCUACUGCAGAUUCCUGACGGCAAAAAGUAAUUCUUGUCAAUAUUACAGAUCUUUGUCUUCUAGAAUGUGUAUCACUGUGUUUUCAAAUCUAGAUGCACUUCACAGGUCUGAAAUGUGCAGUUUUGAAAGAAACACAUUUUAUAGUUCUCAGUUUCUAUGCCUUAUCUGUUACACUUCCUGGGUCAUUUCACCUCAGUGGUGUCUUUUACGUCAUGUUGCUGGCUGCAGGUCAGUCAAUUUAGAAAGCAGCUGGUUGGUUAAUGACAGGAAAGAAGCCAUUGAAGGGGUUGGGUCAAUUCUCCACUUGUAAGAGGGAGUCAGGGAGCAUGGUGCUUGUCCACUAUAGGGAGUCAGGAAGUUUAAGUAUGGUAAGUGCAUAGCACAGCAAUGGGAAAAGCAUGGACAAACAAAAUGGGUAGAAAAUCCUAAAUAGUAGAGAGAACGUUAACCCAAGACACUACUUCAAUUUUAGCACAGUGACCAGGACAAGAGAGUGUGACUGGAAGCUGAGCAAAGUUUAGAAAACAAGGUAGGAAGUCCUUUUACACAGAGAGAUAUAAUUACAUGGAAUAGCCUAGCAAGUAUCAGGAAUAAAACUGGGAACAUUAAAAAAACAAUUCAUUCUGCCCUAUUAGAUGAGAUGCCCCCAGUGGGGUGAACGGUGUGUAGGAAGAGAUGAGCUGUGGUCGGCUGAACGGCUGCUGAUCCCAAACUACUGCAGGGAAUCUGUUUUCAUUCUACAGUCGUGUCAAGUGACUUCCAAUGUCUGUUGCUUUUUAGCAUGCCCCUGUAUGUUUGCAAGUAUUCUGGGUCUUUCUGGGUUCAGUUGAUCCAAUAUUGAGUCAUUAUUGUUCUCUAAAGCUGCCUUUACCUGGCUUUAAGCUGCUUGGAGCUUGUCUGGAGAAUCCAAAGUGCCAGGACUCAAAUCAUGUAAUCUCUCAACACCUGUAGGUCCAGUUGAAAAGUGACAUUGUCAUAUGAUUUGAAUGGUGGAAGGCUGUUCAGUCCUGGGACUUGGGCUCCUCCAAAAGAUCAGGUAAUCAGUGUGGGAUCAAUAUAGUUCAGUACCUCUCUGAAUGAUUGCACAUGUGAAACAGCAAUUCAAAUGACAUGUGAAGUUACCUGCUCCAAAUGGCACAGAUAUAUUGCAGAAUUGUGCAGCUUACUGAAGUGUAUCCCUUGUUAACGGAUGCUCAAGCUAACCUUAAUAGUUCUCUUGGUUGCUAACUAGGUGACUAUCUUCCUGCUUCAGUUUGAAACUGUGUGUUAUAUAAAAACUAUAACCAAGCGACCCAGCCCUCCUCUAUCAACAAGUUUGUGCUUGAACACAUUCCUGCUCAAGAUGUGUGAUUUUUCUACUUCUGUGUAAAUACUACUGUUAUUGUAAAUGAUGUACAUAUUUAUGUUUGGUCUUUUUAUUGAACAUUUUUUGUACAAUGCUAAUGUCAUCAGUGUGAAUUGUAAUAAAACGUUUUCAAAUGA